GUCCCUACAUUCUCCGCCCGACAUCCCAUGAUCCCCAAACUGUAUGUGAUGCCAUGGAAACAAGACAUGAAGAACCAAAAGCUCCUGAUGAAGAACGCAGCUCUUGCAGAGAUCCCUCUGGUUCCUCUUGAGGAGUCUUUAUGUUUUAGUGGUCGGGAACGCCUCUGCCACAGUCAGGAAUCCACCUCCUCCUCCUCCUCCUCUGCUCUGCUCACCCAAACAGAACAGACAGCUCAUCACUCCUCCCACUUCUCCAGAUACAACAGCUCUGUGGUGACCACCAGGCGCCUCUACCAAACAUGAAGGCAUAUCACACAAGCUGCACAGCUUAAAUUGUAGUAUUGCUAAUGCAGAUACAGAUAUAGGACACUUUGAAAUGGUCCCUUAGUUCAGUUUGCAAAAGAAGAAUUAAUCCCAUUUUAGAUUUGAAAAGGAAAUAACCAGGAUGCUUCACAAAAUACAACCAUUUAGAUUUUCUUUUGCAUGGUUUAAAAAAUGAAUGUCCAUUUUGCCAUUAAAGAAAUACAUAUGUGA